AAUUCUGCCGUCAGAUGGCUUCAGUCUAGCCUGGGUACUGUUUACAUUUGGAAUGUCGGACACCGAAUGCACAAAUUGCUCCACGGAAACGUUCUUAAUUGGGAGUAUAUGCAGUAUUUAUCAAGAUCUGCGCAGUUUUUCCUGAUGCUCUUUCACGGCACAAACACUUCACAUUAAACUGGCGUAGGGGCGCAUGCCGGCUGGCAACGCGGUGCCCCUCUGCAACAACAGCAGCGUGCAGCUCCGGUUCCUGGUGCCCGAGGACGCACCGGAGGUGAAGCGACUCUGCACAGAGUGGUUCCCCAUCGAGUACCCGGAUGUGUGGUACAAGGACAUCACCUCCAAUGCAAAGUUUUUCUCCCUGGCGGCCAUGUAUGCCGGUCGCAUUAUCGGACUCAUUGUGGCCGAGCUCAAGCCCCAGGGACAAUGCAACUGCGAGGACGCGGGGCUCCUCGAUACGCAGUUCUCGCCUUCUGCGCAGGUUGCCUAUAUCCUCACCCUCGGAGUGGUGCGUGAAUGUCGCCGCAAUGGCAUCGCGACCUUGCUGUUGGACAGCCUGCUGUCGCACCUGUCGCAGGCAGCAACGUGCAAGGCCGUCUACCUGCAUGUGCUGGCCUCCAACAUGUGUGCCAUCCAGUUCUACGAGAGGCGACGCUUUCGGCUCCAUGCCUUCCUACCGCUCUACUACUCCGUGCGUGGCACCCCUCGUGACGGCUACUCCUACGUGCUCUACCUCAAUGGGGGCCACCCGCCUUGGACUUUCUUAGACUACAUGAAGCACUGGGCCCACAAAGUGUCACAGCUUCAGCUGUGCUCUCUUCCAAAGCAGAUCAUGCGCAUCUUGGGAAGCCUGCUGUGUAGGGCUUUUGCACACAGCUGACGGCGUCCCUGGAGGACUUGAAUGCCCAACUUUUGGGAUGUGGAGUUGGACACUUGUUUGUUUGUCGGCUCGGGUUUUAAGCCUGUCUUCUAGUGGAUUUUGAGACGCACACGGCUGACCACAAAUAUAUACGGAUCUCUUAGGAGUAGUGAAGACUUUCUUCAUGCUUGAAUAGCAUUAGGAUGGUCAAACAAACAUGUGUACUCCCCGUAAGGUGAGCAGAACAUUACUUUUCUAAUCAGGUAACCUGAAAAUGUACUACACUAGAAGUAAGCCUAAAAAUAGGGCACUCAUUAACUGAUAGGUAUCCUUUUCAGUAGCAAGUGCUGACAUAGCUAGUGCUUCGGAAGUAUAAACAAGGAGUGCAGUUGCUGAGAAUAACUGUUCUGCAUUUGAUCUUUCGAUACUCAUUUCUGAUACCAUGUUUCCAAAAGAUUGCACGAAAGGCUGUACUAUUGUGCAGAACUUGACCCUACUGCUACAUUAUAAAAAGUAAAUUUCACAUUUCUAAGAUCAGAAAAUGACUCCAAUGCUACAGAAUUUUCCAAAUCAUUCUCGCUAAAACAGCUAUGUUGCUAUAUUGAGUUUAUCAACUUGCACGUUAUGUUCAGCUCUAGGAAGUGCUCUGGUAUAAGCCAAAAGAAAAUACAGCAUUUAAUUGUGGAAAGACGUGCGCAUGUGUUGGACGUACACUGGAGAAGUGUCAGACAUACUUGCAUGCACACGUUAGAUGCACACAGUGUUGACAAGUGACACUUUCUGCUGAUGACGAUUGUCCCACUUCACUAGACAGGCUUUAAGUGAUAGGUUAUGCACUUUGCACUGCUGCUUUUGAACAAGUAAACUGUUGAGUUCAAGGUUGUUCAUUGUGGAAAGGGAGAUUGCAUAACAAUCUGAAAAAUUGUGUGUAGUGGACAUCACACUUGGCAUGGAUCAGAGGUAAGCAGCAUUUUGAAUGCACACAAUUUAGUGUUUAAGUAUUUUGUAUUUAGAUUAUUUAGAUACUUGCACCAAAGGGGUAAUUAGCACGUCGGUAAUGCUGCUGCAACACAUCGAAUUGAACUGUGGGACGCAGAGGAAACUCUGAUAUACACAUUCUACACAAAAUGUCCAAAUAAUUUUUGCUUUUGUGUCUAAAUCAAAUCACAUUCCUUCACAACAAAUACCUCCAUAUUUGCAAGCACAAGUAAUUUGCAACAACUUUUGGUCAGUUCAAAUGUGCUUUACAUAUUUGCUGUAUUUUAAGUAGUACAGUUGAACCUCUAUAUAACGAAUUUGUAAAUGCUGACUCUUUGUUUCGUUAAAUCGAGAUAUUCGUUAAAUGGAACACGCCAAGUUAAACGAAGAUGGCCGCCGCACUACCAGCGCCGCGCGUUCCGCAAAACGUCAUUUGUCAUGAAACAGGUACUAAGGUAAGAAGGGCACAAAAUAUCAAGCUUUAUUCAUUACAUAAUGCUAGGUAACACGUAAUUUGUGCACAGUGUCGCUCUGAGCGUUCAUUACCUUCGUAACUCCGGAUGAACCUCGACUGCUUUUUCCUACGCGCUCGCGUAUCGAAGUUUCUUUGGUUCACUUUCACUCAUGACGUCCGGAAAGAACAAUAGUACGCCGCCGAAAAGAACGAGAAAUGGGUACAUGUCGCGUAGACGCCUGCGCCGAUGGAACCUUGAACGGCAGCGGCAUCAUGCCCAUUUUACCACCGUCAGCAUUAGCGGCGCGAACAAAAAAAAAAGUAAUGAAAAGGCACAAAACCCCAACGUACUGUCGUCGUCAUCAACACAAGCAGAUAAGACUUCGCGAGGCGUGAGCAAAAAAUGUCAGCAAUGCGUGUUUUCUUGUCCGAAAACGGGUGCGAAGAGAGCCUCGCGCCGGCGCGACGCACCGUCGCGGCGCACAGCAUCGGCGCACCGAUUACCGGAUUACCGGCAGAGACGAAGCACACGUCGGCACGUUCGCGCCCCCAGCACGUGACAACCGAAGUAACUAAUGAAAACUCGCGUAAAACCAACGGAGAAGGAAAGUUUCUCCUCCUUUUCUUUGUGGUUAAGGGGUAAAGACACGCGCAGGAGAGCCCGGGGACUUCGUUAAAUAGAGGUGACCAAACGAACGUAUUUCGUUAAAUCGAGCUCAAAAAUACAUUGGCGUCUAUGGGGACGCGCUCGUGCAACGGAAAUUUUUCGUUAAACGGAGGAUUUCAUUAAAUGGACGUUCGUUAUUGAGAGGUUCAACUGUAGCAUGUUUUGUAACAGUGAUGCAGUAUUUAAGUAGUUCUACUUAAGAGAGUCUUUGCUUGAAUAUUUCGUAUGUAUGGUGCAGGCUGUUUAUAGUGAGCGCAAAUGAGUCACAGAAAACGUAACAUAUCCACUGUAAGGAACACCGAAUAAGAGCCCAGUAUGCAUUUGCAAAAACUAAUUUCCACAGGAGAAACAAAUGUUAGCAUAGCGUACUAUGAAGGAAUAUUCUAUUAGUACUUACACAUAAAUUGGGUUAAGGUUAAGCACAUUUACACUAGCAGAAGUGUGUGUUUCUGAACAAAUUGUUUUGAGCACUGGGCUUUGUCUCAUGCAGCGGGGUGUUUACUCUAUCUGGUGUAAAAGCACCGGUUUUAGCUAAAUACAGGGUGGGUGCUCUAAAAGGUCAGUCACAAUUUCGUGCCUGGCAUGAUGCUUCCUUGACAGAUACCUCGUUGACGCACAGACUUCUGCUGCCUCAGAUUUAAAAAAUUAUGCCAGAGAAACCUACACAGUGUACCAAAAUAAAUACGACCACUCAAACUUGCCUCUCAAACCAUCGGUAUAGCGCAUACGAAAUGCACGAAGACAAAAGUUUGCGUGGUCGUAUUUACUUUUUUACGCAGUGCAUGGUAACCACGAUUUUUUUCUUACAUUUCUCUUGCACAAAUUAUUUAUGGUGUGGUGGCGUAAGUCCAUCUCUCAAGUGGAUAUAACAUCACACGCGAAAAUGUGACUGACCUUUUAUAGCACCCACCCUGUACUAGUGUUUGGAAACCAUGUCAACAAUACCACACAAAAAAAGGGGAGGUGGACAUGUCAACUGGAUGCCAUUAUUGAAAACCCAAGGGUUGAGAUUAUUAUAGCCAUCGUAUUGGAUCCUGCCUUCGGCACAUACAGAAGAGAAUGAACAUUAUUAACUAGACUGAUACUCUGAUGAGCACAACCUUUUGUAUCUUUGCCUUUCUGUUGCUGUCGCAUUAUGUGCAUACAAUUUCCAAUACGGUGGAACUGCACGGUUGAACUCUGUCUACGUCAUGGCUCACAAAGCUCGGUAGACAAAACAUUUCUUUCAUAACCAUUCUUAUGGUUCUAGAUUUGUUUACAAGUAUUUAAAGGAUCUGUAAAGUGAAAUACUAACCACCAUGUUUCAAGAUACCAUCAUGUAGAACUUGGCUGUGUGAUCACACACACACACAAGUCAUCACACUCCCAAAUCUUCAUAUUUUUCACACUGAUUAACAUUGAACACUUCUAGAAACUGAAAUGUGGCGACCCUCGAAGUUCGCCUCGACGGAUUGGCGGACAGGUAUCUUGUGGUGUUGAGGCACUACGAAACGCGUUUGACACGAAUUACUAGGGCCCAGAAAUUUAGGCACUAAAAACGGUGGAGAUAGGCAGGCAAUUAGGCCCUCAACAAAUAGCGAAAUAGGCAAUAAAAUACAGAAAUAGGCACGUUAACAUGGUACACUCGUUGGCUUUAUUGGUGCUUCAGAAUGCUGCAUCCAGGAAAAAAGGCUACGGUACCGUACAAGCUUGGACUUCAUGUACACAAAUGCCGAGGUGGCCUAGAACCACGCGAUAAUGGAUACUACAUUUAGUUCUCCGCCCUCAAAGGCCAAAUGUUUUGAUCAAAUAUACAUAAACCCCUUCUAGCAACCCAAGGUACUGAAGGAAACCAAAUGAAAAAAAAAAAAGGUGCAAACACGCAGGAACGAAAAGCAAAAUGCAGUACUCAGCAUGACACCGAAAGGGACACUUGCACUUGCACCUCUAAAAAUGGUUGUUUUGCCAUCUAAAAAUGUUUAAAAAGGCUACAGUUUAAUAGCAUUGAUAAAGAGGCAGGCAAACCCCCAAAUGUCGCAUUUAGGCAUUCAUAGGCAUAUAUAGGCCUAAAAUUCCGGGCCCUACUAAUUACCGUUAGAUCUGUUUUGAAUAACAACAGCAACUCUUCAGCAGUUUGGUUUAAACUGUUAACAGUUGUAACCUGUAAGGUCCGUGCCUCUGAGAAGUGUCUGAGUGACCUGCGCCGUCAGUUGGCCUUUCUGUCUCUCCGCAUCUACUGUGCCAUCUGCGAAAACUCGCAUCAAGGCGAUUUAUACUGAUGUCCGAUUUACGUUCUUAUGUUCCGGGAUACACAAACCGACGAUGAAACGUGCACUGCACUCGUGACAACUGCCAGACCUCUCCCAGAUAGCUUGCGUUUUCAAUAGAAGGCGUGUGAGUCUGGGAGUUUGCAAGCUCUGCUUGGUGCAGCAAUCUUUGAAAUUCAAUUGCUGAAAAAAUGCUCAAUGUACAGCAGAGCUAUUACGUAUUUAAGCGUCCAAGUUACAAGGUUUCAGAAAAGCAUACAGUUUCUAUAGGUUUGCCAUUCACUUUACAGUUCCUUUAAAGGUGUUCUAGCAGACCUCAAAUUAUAAUUACUAAAUGAGGUGCCAUUCUGUGCAGGUCAAUACCAUGCAUACAUACUUGGAACAUUUCCAGUGAAGACCAUGAACACCUGAGCACCAGUUACUAGAGAUAGCUACUUACAAUUAACAGACCCCAGUGUUUUAGUGUCCUAUGUUUUUCAAAAUCAAAUGGUAAAAAUUUGGUUUGAUGUCAGAAGCUGUAAAAUUGUGUGAUAUCGUAUGAAAGAGCAGCUUUUCUGCUGGGGGAAAAGUGUCAUUUAUCACGCUUCACAUCAACCGAGAUGCUGAGCAGCAGUGCUGAGUGUGAAGUGUUCUCCUGUGCCUCUAUGGGUGGCUGAAUCUGAACUUCGGCGAGUUCAGGCCUUGGUGGGGGGUUCUCCAGGUUUUACUCCCCAUCUGCAUCAUGGCAACUUGGGGUAAAAACAAAAACAAAAAUAAAACAGAAAACAAAAGUGCAAAUUCAGCCACCAAUAUGGGCACUAGAAAAUGCUAAGCAUUACACCUUCAGCACAGGUGCUCGGCAUGUUGUGCCGCCUAUUUUCGAAAGACAUAACACAAGGGUGAACUAACAACUGAAGUUACGAGUGUUGCACCAGUGGUUGCUUUGCGGUCUCCCUUUGUUCCUGCUAAGCUCAUAAUGAUUGAUAGAAGUUAACUGCUGCCUUUUGCACUCUUUUUCGAAUGAGCUAGUCAGCUUUGGCAGAUACACAAGCGGCACCGUUAAUACCGACUGAAGAUGCGACUGCAGACCCCUGUCCGGGGCUGCCAAGUACAAUAUCUCCCGAGAGUGUUGCAUUUAUGUGUACAUAGCAAACAAAAGAUUUUCCCUUUGUUGCUGUUUGAGAGCACGUGCAUUGACGUGCGUGCCUACAUAAGGAGUGCAGCGCAAGGGAGCGCUGCUUGUGAUAUGCAAAAGCUAUUGUUACCAUCGAUACAACCAAUGUUAUGACUUUUAUUAUUUUGAUCGCUGUACAUAAUUAUAUUUUCCUUUUAUCCACCAAAGGUGACAAUAAAAACAAAAGAUGUUGCUUACAA